UAUUUUCUUUUGCCAUUGAAAUAAAUAAAUCAAUAAGCUAACCUGCUUAAUUCUUUCAAAGCAAUCGCAAUCAAUACCAUAAGAAUUCACAGGAACUCUAUCGCAUAGCAAUCGACCUGCUAGUCAGAACAAGAUGGCUCCCGAAAUUAAAAACAAUUUCCUCGAAGUAGAUGAGAGUGAAGACGACGGUAGUCAAGGCUACAACUCCGAGGACGAGCAACUGCAGAAAGGUGGCCGAAUCGCAAAGCGUCGCAAACUCAGCGACGAAGACGACGAGCAAAGCGCCGAUGACGAGGUCGGUGGUGAUAAUAUUAUAGAAAAAGAGAACAUACAAGAAGAAGAAAAAGUGGAGGAAGGUGACGACCAGGACGACGAAAAUGUGGACGGGAGAAAGCCAAAGUCCAGGAAGGACCUACUACCAGAAUUACCAGAUGUUUCGCGUCCAUUGACAAAGAAGAAUCUGGUUGCCACCGAUGCGCAAGUCAAAAAGUCAGGCUUGGUCUAUCUGUCACGCAUACCGCCCUUCAUGAAGCCAGCUAAGCUCCGGUCACUACUCGAACCCUACGGCAAGAUCAACAGGAUAUUCCUCACCCCCGAAGACCCCCAGGAGCGUUCUCGAAGAGUCCGGCACGGAGGCAAUAAGAAGCACAUGUACACCGACGGAUGGGUCGAGUUCGUCAACAAGAGUGACGCUAAGAAGGCUGUAGACUUACUGAAUGCUCACACUAUUGGAGGAAAGAAAAAUUCAUACUAUCGCGACGACAUUUGGAAUCUUCUCUAUCUCAAUGGCUUCAAGUGGCACAACCUCACCGAACAGAUCAACUCGGAAAUGGCAGAGAGGACCAGCAGAAUGAGAGCAGAGAUUAGCAAGUCCACCAAGGAGAAUAAGGAGUUUGUCAGGAACGUCGAAAGAGCUAAGAUGCUCGAGGGAAUGCAAACUAAAGCAGCAACAAAGAGAAGCAGGGACGAAGCGACGGUUAGCAGCACUACUCCUGUUACAGUGAAAAGUCGAGAUGAUUCUAGGGGCAUGCGCAAGUUCAAGCAAGCUACGGUGGGGAAGAAGGUGGUAGAAAAGGCUCCCGAGGAAGCUAAACGAGUCCUGAGCAAACUAUUUUAAUACUGUCGACAAUGAUACCCAUGCCUUAUACAUAUAUCUUCGUGUCUGCAGUGAUACAAUGAGUUACAACGUUCUCGAAUCCGUCAUCGUUUAAUAUUAUUAUAAGAGUCCGUUUACAUCUCACAUUGCCGACUCUUUAGGGGUACA